AUGCCGCCGGAGGAGGGCGACGCCGCCGGCCCCGGUGGGUGGAGCAGCAGGGCCGGUGCCGGUACCGGUGGGGCGGGACCGGGCCGGGGGCUGCGGCUCCCCGGUGCCUCCGCCCCGCCGCAGCGGGGGCGGGCGGGGGCUUCCUGCCGCCUCUUCGGCAGCGCCAUGGAGCGGUACCGGCCUCGGCUCCGGUUCUCCUGGUUCCCGCGGCUCCUGGCCGCCGCAGUGAUCGUGGAGUGCUGCUCCUGGCUUUGCCCCAGUCUUGGCAGUGAAACGGGCCCCGCGCUGGGCACCGCCAUCCCCUGUGCCCGCCUGGGGACAGUGACGGGGGAGCGCUGCCAGACAGAUCCAGAGCGAGAAGCUGGCACGGGGCAGGCCCCAACACCAGAGGCUGUGGGGCAGCUGCGGACAGAGACUGAGCUGCUGCCCUCCCCUGAGACUCCCACCGGGACUGCCGAGCUCCCCAGCCCCCAGGGGAACCCUGGAGGUCCCCGGGCAGGUGGGGAGGGGUCGAUGCCUGUGGCACAGGACUGGACAGCCACCGAGAGCCUGGGGCUCUCUGCAGGCACUGCUGAGCUGGCAGCUGUGGGCAGCGACCAUCCAACUCCUGCCCCAGGGCCUCUGGAGCUGGGCACUGCUCCUGCCAUGGGGUCUGCCCCUGGGACUGGCCCUGGGGCAAAUGUGACAGCAGAAGGUGCCACAGCCCCACAGAGGACCCUCUCGCAUUUGCCAUCCCUCACGACGGUGCCCAGCUCUGCUGGGGGACAGUGGGGGCUCUCCAGCACCCUGCCAGGGUGGAGCCCCGUGGGGACAGGGCUUGUGCAUAGCCAGGGGGGCUCACACGGACCCUCAUCCCCAGAACCAUGGGCUGGGGAGGGUCUGGGUGCCACCAUCCUGCUGGGUGCCAGCAACCCAGGGACCCAUCCGGGCACUGCUCCAGCUGCCAAUAGCCCUGCCCUGGGCACCGUGGGGACGUCACCCGUGGCAGGGGGCCUGCAAAGGGUGCUGAGCCCCACGUGGGGGGAUGUUGACCAGCAGGGUCCCUUCUCUGCCCCUCACUCCUCUCUGGGGGCUGGUGGCCAUGGGGGUCCUAUGGCCGGCACAGCCCGGCCAGCCAUGGGCACAGGCAAAACCUUGCUGCCAGCUGCAGGCAAGGGCUCGGGGCUGCCUGUCCCCACUGCCACGGCUGGCACCCCAGGGAUGACAUCCUCUGGCCUGGAGGGAGCUCUGGACUCGACCACAGGUCCCCCUGAGCACAGCCAUAUCCCUCUGGACCAGACCUGGCAGCUGCCAGCCAUGGCAGGGCAGCCCCCUACCUCAGUGACCCCCAGCAGCACUGCAGCGGCACAGGGCAAGAUGCCCUACACCAGCCCGGAGUCCCCCCCUGUGCCCCUGUCCCGACAGCCAGCUCCAACCAACAGCUCUGCAGCACCCCCAUCACCCACCCCACAGCCCUCCACAGGGGUCCCGGGGCUCAGCCCUGCUGCGGGGACCCCUGUGGCAAGGCCAUCCCCAGGGUACCAGCUGCCCCAGGCUGGCUCAGGGGGGAAUCCUGCUGAGAGCCCCCAAACCCUGCUGGGUGAUGCUGGGCUCUGGGCAGUGACUUCCCCACCAAGCUGGCAGCCGGACAGCCUGGCACCCCCAGCAGCCCCUGGCCCCCCCCAGCAGCCAGCUCCGUCUCAGCCUGCAUCUUCCCUGGAAUCAGCCGCAGCUCCUGAUGUCACCACCGCCACCAUCCGAGCUCCCCGCGGGGACGAGGGGGCCGCCACGCCAGAGCCCAGCGCUGUGGUCUUGCGGGGGGAUGUGGCAGGGCUGACACGGAGGCCGCCAACUCCUCUGCCUACCGCGGUGACAGAGCUCCCCCAGCAGCCCACCCAUCCCCUCGGCACCCUGGCCCAUCGUGGGGAUCCCGGGUUCCCCUCAGCUGCUGCGGACACAGACCCGGGGCAGCCAUCGAGCAGCCCCGGAGGGCGGCCGGGCGCUGGCACCCUGCGAGUGACGCCGGCGCCCCGGGUGUUCGUCGUGGAGGAUCAGCCGCCUGUCCUGAGAGCCUCCCUCCUGCGCAUCCCCUGUGAGCUGGUGCUGGACAUGGGCUUCGUCCCCGCCCUGCGGGACCCGGUGUCCCAGGAGCGCCAGGGGCUGCUGCACAGCUUCAACCGGACGGUCUCGCCCCUCUUCGCGGCGGUGCCAGGGUUCCUGCGGCUGGAGGUGACAGGCAUCAGGGAGGGCAGCGUGGUGCUGGAGUACGAUGCACUCUUCGCAGCAGAGCAGGUGCCGGUGCCAGGGCUGGGCGAGCUCCUUAAUGCCGUGCUGGGCUCUGGUGGUGCCCAGACAGAGCUGCUGGUGGGCACUGCCCCUGUCCUGAGCAACGUGGUUCUGGGGUGGCCGCUGGACCCCUGUUCUGUGCUCUUCUCCUGCCGGGACGGCUUCGUCUGCGUGGCCAGUGAGGGCAGGAAUGCCACCUGCACCUCGCUGUGCCACCGUGACUACUGCAAGAACCAUGGCAUCUGCACCCACCCCCGGGGCCGCGGGCCCCUCUGCCAGUGCCCCGUUGGCAGCGAUUUCUGGUUCGUGGGGCUGCGCUGUGACUACCGAGUGACACAGCAGAGCCUGCUGGGCAUGGCCGCGGGCAUCCUGCUCAGCAUCGUUCUCCUGGCCGCCGUCAUCGCCGCCGUCGCUAUCCGGCGCUUCAAGGUGCUGCUGCUGGAGGCCAGGGCUGACCAGACCCGCAGCAGCUACCGGCGGUUCUGCCGGCUGGACGAUGUCUCGGCGCAGUACUGGUCGCGCUCCUGGCUGCCCUCGGCCAGCUCCCUAGACAACCCAGCCUUCAGCACCUCGGAGGAGCUGCUUCACCUGCAGGUCCUGGACGCCGGCUGCUGCGGCUGCCAGGAGGACUCGGGCACAGCCGAUGGCACCAAGCAGCAGCACCCUGAUCUGCCUGCCCGCCCGCGGCGCCAGCCCAGCUUCCACUACGAGUGGGACACAAGCUCCAGCAGCAUGAAUGACCCCAUGGUGGACUCGGGGAAGGCCAGUGACAUCUCGGUGUCGAGCUGGCCCAUGGAGCCCCUGCAGUGGACACCAUUCCCCCUCCUCCACCAGCUGUCCAGGCAGCGACCCCACAAAGCCAGGCGGCCUCACUCCUACUGCGAGGGGAUGGAGCUGGGCAACCUGGAGAGGAGCUGGACGGCCUGAAGGCCACAGCGUGGAAGCAGGGGCAGGACAAGGUUCAGCUUUUCAAACCAACCACCUUUUAUUUCCACCUACCAAGCUGGGUGAAGGGAUCUCAAAAACACUUGGACAAUACAAUCGAGGCAGGUGUGAUGUCAGCUCCGCCCCAGGCAGGGCCCCCAGGGCCCCCUGCCAAGGUUUUCAGCACCACGUUGGGAGCAGCCCACAGGAGCCAGGCUUUGGCCGGGGACAGCGUGGGCAGAGCUGGUCGCUUACAGAGCGGUGUCCAGGAACACACGGAGCUGGCAGCCCACAGACCUGAGGACUCACAUCCAGCAGCUGGGAGCUGUUUGGCUGUCUCCUGUAGGCACAGGGGCUGCUGCCCUGCAGCCAGUUCAGAGCUGAACUGAGCCGAGCCCCCGGGCACAAGGUGAGCGCCGCUGCAUCGUCCGCCACGGUCCCCGUCAAGGAGGUAUCGAUUCGAACACCAGGACC